AUGGCUACCCCCACUAGUUCUCCCAUUGAUAUAAAUAAAGCAUCAUUUGAAGACCUGUUAUCAAUCACUGGAAUUGGGGAAAGAAGAGCUAAGGCAAUCAUUGCUAAGCGCAAAAUCAAGGGAAAACUAGUAUUGGAAGAUCUGAAAAUUAUUCAGAACAUUCCAAGCACACUUUGGGACCCUUUAUUAGAUCAGGGCAUUAUUAAGAUAGAUUCAAGGUUCCAACAAGAAGUAGGUACACAACAAACAAACAUUGAAUCUACUUCUGUUGACACACAACAUCAAGUGAAUGAAACAUUCAUAGAGAAAGCCCUAGGUAGUGAGAAAGAUCAGAUGUCUGAGGAACACCAAGAAGAGAUGAGAAAAAGAGAUGAAAUUAUAAGUGAACUGGAGAGAGAGAUACAAAAAAGAGAUGAUAUUAUUGAAGAAUUAGAAGGAGAAUGUUCAGUAUUCAGAAAGCAUUUAGAAAGACCAGCAAUAUUAAGAGAGCAAAUGGAUAUUAAAAUGCAAGAGAGAGAAAAUGAGAUACUUCAGAAAUUUAUAGAUGAGAAAGAAAAAUUCAGAAUGUUAGACGAGAGAGAGAGACAAGAACAUGAGGCGAAAUUUAGAAAGAAAAUAAGAGAAUUGGAAACUAGAGAGAAAGAACUUGACAGAAAAGUGAAAGAGUUCAUUGAUGGAGAAAGAGAUUUAGACAAAAGAGAGAAAGAAUUGAAUCAGUUAGAGCAUAGAAAAUUCUCUUCAAGCAUUGACAAAAUUGCUCCACACAACAUCUAUACAAAUGCGAACAGAAAUCAAUCGCUUAUAGAUAAACAUAGCCCAGCCCCUCCAAAACUCUCAACAUACGAUGGCAAGAUUGAAUGGAGACCAUAUUUCAUACAGUUCAAUCAUAUUGCUAAAAAAUAUAGUUGGCCAGAAUCUGAAAAAUUGGACAAGUUUAUAGAAUGUUUAAGGGACAAAGCUUUGAAAUUCUUUAGCUCCCGCUCUGACACAGUUCAAAGUAAUUUUAACCAACUAUGCCAACAAAUGAAAGAAAGAUUCGACAAGAGAGAUCAGCCUCAUAUCAUAAGAAGACAGCUGCAGGAAAUAAAACAGCAUCCAGAUGAGAUCAUCGAAGAAUUUGCAGAAAGAAUUGAAGAUCUGGCUACAGAAGGCUAUAAGGGUAUGCCUGAGUAUUUUAUGAGCACUGUCACUAUAGAUGCAUUCCUUAGAGGUUGCAAUGAAAAACGUGCCGCAUUAGUAACUUUAGACAAAGAUCCAAAUACAUUAGAUGAGGCCAUGCAACAUAUGAAAAGUGCCAUCACAAACCAAAAGCUUAUUGGUGGAGUGAAAAAAGAAAUCAAAAGAGUUUCCUUUAAUAAGCCACCCCAGUCACCACCAGAGGAACCAAACAUUCGGAUGACUAACAGAUAA